AUGUCAGCUAUCUAUAAAGCUUUACAGUCUAAAACGUCAAAAGACACCCUGGACAAAACUAAACACAUCAACAGACAACGCUUACUAGUCAUAUCAUCACGAGGCAUCACCUAUAGACAUCGUCAUCUAAUUAGUGAUUUAUUAACCCUUUUACCACAUGCCAGAAAGGAGCCUAAAUUCGACACCAAAAAGAAUCUUUAUCAAUUGAAUGAAGUUGCUGAGUUGUACAACUGUAACAACAUUUUCUUUUUCGAAUGUAGAAAACAUCAAGAUUUAUAUCUUUGGAUUGCUAAACCUCCCAACGGACCCACUGUUAAAUUCCAUAUACAAAAUUUACAUACUUUGGAUGAAUUAAAUUUCAUUGGAAAUUGCUUAAAGGGGUCAAGGCCAAUUUUAAGUUUUGACAAACUGUUUGAAUCAUCGGAUCAUUUCAAAUUAUUGAAGGAAAUGUUUGUUCAAACAUUUGGUGUGCCCCCCAACGCCAGAAAACUGAAACCAUUUAUUGAUCACGUCAUGACAUUUGCAAUAGUUGAUGGCAAGAUUUGGAUUAGAAAUUAUCAAAUUAAUGAAACUUUGGAAACUAAGGAAAACGAAGACGGUAAUGACGUUGACGUUGAUAGUUUGAAUUUGGUUGAAAUUGGACCUAGAUUGGUCUUAACCUUGAUUACCAUCUUGGAAGGUUCAUUUGGUGGACCCAAGAUUUAUGAAAAUAAGGAAUACGUGUCACCUAAUUUCGUUAGAGCUCAAAUUAAACAACAAGCUGCUCAGCAGGCUAGAAGUAGAGCCGAGGCUGCUUUGGAAAGAAAAGUUAAAAAGAGAAGCCAAGUGAUGCAAAAAGAUCCAUUGUCUAAUGAUGCAUUGUUUAAAGAGUAA